AGGGGGGGCGUCUCUACAAAGAGGCAGGAGGAACGGCAGACGAGGAUAGAGAGAGUGACGGAGAGGAUAGAGAGCGUCUGAGAGAGAGGAUCCGCAUGCGGGACAGAGGAAGAAAACAGCAGGCAGACGCUGGACAGCUUUUUUUUUGACUUGCACCACAACUGCUACAGCAGAGGAAAUGCUUAUAUGAAGAGAAAAAGUAAUUGUGCAUAGUAAGCAGAAGCUGUCUUCGCUUGUAUUGAUAAAAGCAGGAAUUGGUGAGUUGCUGCAUCUUAGAGUGUCUCGUCAUGGAUGACUCUAGGGAACCUACUGAAUAGAUCUCAGCGCUGCAUCAUGGUUCAGCAAAGAACCCACAAAUACUCGUCAGUCAUGGACAGCAAUUCAAGCAGAGAGGUGUUUGUGGGACUGGCGGCUGAGGACGAUGCUGAGGUGUUUGGACAUGUACCUUCUAACAAAGACCCCAACUGGUGCAAAACUCCAACUGGGCACAUCAAAAGACCAAUGAACGCUUUUAUGGUCUGGUCUCAGAUUGAAAGACGGAAGAUCAUGGAGCAAUGGCCUGAUAUGCACAAUGCUGAGAUUUCAAAGCGCCUUGGGAAACGCUGGAAACUACUGCCUGACUAUGAGAAGAUACCCUUUAUCAAAGAGGCCGAAAGACUGCGUCUAAAGCACAUGGCUGACUAUCCUGACUACAAGUACCGGCCCAGGAAGAAAAGCAAGGGCUCAACCCCUGUCAAACUUGGCGAGAAGUUGCCUAUGAAAUCCAGCAAGCCCCUUCCAGGAAGAUCUUCCGGGCUCUCCUGCAAAGGGCUUAAGAUCAAACCUGCUUCUUCAAAGCAUAAAAUGAACUUUAGUAGCAAUAAAUACAAGAGCUACAGUGAGAGCAUGAGCGACGACGACACCAUGGAUGUAAACCUAGAAAGUCCAGUGACUCAGCAAGACGAUCGCAACACGUCAAGUCACUUUGUCCUUCACCAGCAGGCUACUGUUCAAUCUGAGGACCAGCAACCAAUUCCUGAGCUCAGAGUGAAAGUACCCAUCUCUCAAACCAGCAGCAUCCAGAGUCUCUCCUCGGACAGCGAAUGCCAGGCUUUCCCAGAGUCCACGACGAGCGAACCACGAGGGUCCACAUCUGGAAGAUCUUCCACUCCGACCUCGACCAGCUCCUCCUCUUUGGUGUCGUCAGCAUGUUCGGAUGAGGAACUGGACGAGGAACUCUUGCAUAUAAUUUCCAACAGUAUGCCUAUGGACUGUUCCACUCUGGACAAGGACUUUGAAGCAUUUAACGCCAACUCAGGAUCUCAUUUUGACUUCCCAGAUUACUGCACUCCAGAGGUGAAUGAAAUGAUUUCUGGAGACUUGCUCGUGCCCAGCAUCUCAGACCUAGUGUUCACCUACUGA